AUGGAUCUAAAAACACCAGGCUCCGGGAGGACCUCGUACUCCAGGUUUGAGAGCUCCAUCAAGAAGAAGCUGACGGCCAGGGCCCCGGUGGCAAGCAGCCCUCUUGUCACCAGAGGGCAGCAGCUGCCCACGAGAAGCAGCGCCGAGGAGCCGCGCGGCCGUGGGGCCUGCGGGGCGCCCCGGCUCCUGCAUGCGCCUGCGAAGGCGCCAGCAUUGUCUCUGGUGGCUAGCAAACUUUGUGUCAAGAAAACUGAUGUGAGACUAGCAGAGUUAAAAUGGAGAAAUACCAGCAGAGCUGCAAUGAGACAGAAAUCUGUUUCUCGGCUUCUGACAAUCCAAAAGGUUGGAUACAGCAUUUCAGAAAGUGGUGGCAUGAAGGUCUGUGAAAAUACUAAUUGCACAUGGAAAGAAUGCCAAAAAGGGACACAGGAUGAGUUUAGAGCUGUUACCACCACAAAGUUUUUCAUACCAUUGGAACCAGAAGUGAGGCUUCAUGUGGCUGGCUUGCGCAAUGAUUACUAUCUAAACAUACUGGACUGGAACCACGAAAAUCUCCUUGCUCUUGCGCUAGGAUCUGCAGCACACAUCUGGAAUGGCAGAACCCUCCAAGGCAGUGAAUGCAUUGAUUUGAAUUCCAGUUUCAAAUACAUUUCUUCUCUGGCCUGGAUAAAAGAAGGAACUUGCCUUGCAAUUGGUACCAGUGACGGAGAAGUGCAACUGUGGGACAUUGAAACAAAAAAAAGACUGAGAAAUAUGUUUGGUCACCUGUCGGUAGUUGGAGCUCUGAGCUGGAAUCACUAUAUUCUAAGCAGUGGUUCAAGAUUAGGAUCUAUUCAUCACCAUGAUGUUCGGGUUGCUCAGCAUCAUAUUGGGACUCUUUGCCAAAACAAGCAAGGCAUUUGCAGCCUGAAAUGGUCACUGACCAACCGGUUGCUGGCAAGUGGCUCUAGUGAUGGAAUAUUGAAUAUCUGGCAUAGUGACCCUGGUGUGAAAGUGCAGUCACAGCCACUGAAAACCAUACCUCAUUCCUCAGCUGUCAAGGCUAUGAACUGGUGUCCUUGGGAGUCCAAAAUCCUUGCUACAGGAGGUGGAAUGAAAGAUGGUAUUUUGCGUGUCUGGGACAUAAAUCAUGAGAAAACCAUCCAAUGUGCAGCUACAGAUUCUCAGAUUUGUUCCUUGCUCUGGUUACCCAGAACCGGUGAACUGAUGACUGGACAAGGCCUUCCUGGAAAUCAGAUGAUAGUAUGGAAGUAUCCUACGCUUAUCAGUUCAUCACAACUCUAUGGUCACAAAGGGAGAGUGCUGCAUGUAGCCCUGAGCCCCGAUGAGAGCAGGCUUUUUUCUGUGGCAGCUGAUGGGACAGCUUGUGUGUGGAAAUGCCACUAG